AUGGAUGCCAAGAAAUAUUCAGUAUUAGCUUUGAAUAUCUCAUCUGCCUUUCACAAAACAUUCUUCAACGCUAGUGCUCAUACUUAUGCAACUGGCAGUCAAGCAGCCGAUGUUUUUGCCUUAGAAAUGGGUGCAGUACCUCUUUCAGAGCAGGAAAAUAUUCUUGCACAUCUUACCAAUGACAUUCGCCAACAUAAUUACCAUACGUCCUGUGGUGAAGUCGCAUUGCCAUCUUGGUUCCGAAUGUUGAGCCACUAUGGACAUGCUAUCGUUCAUGGUGCCACGGCACUUACCGAAGAUUGGGAUGGUCCUCUUCCAACCCGAGGACAACAACUAAGUAGCCAGAAUCAUUUCAUGUUUGGUGCUGUAGACGAAUGGCUGACGCGUUCUCUUGCUGGUAUACAACAAACGGCAGAUUCGGUCGACUAUCGUAUUCUGUUUAUUAAGCCAACAAUCGUCGGAAAUAUUACUUUUGUCAAAGCAAACCUCAUUCUAAAUAUUGAAAUUCCAGCUGGAUCUGUUGCUUAUGUUCACGUGCCUGGCUGGAAUGUAACACCAAAUUAUGGUACUUUAGUUCAGCAGUCUGCGACAACAAACACGACAAUAUUUAGAAUUAAAAGUGGAAAUUAUGGAUUUCAAUCAACUACCUUUUUAAAUACGCGAUAG